AUGGAUGUAAAAGGAAGACCAAACAACAACAACAACAAUAACCUUAUGAGUAGUGAAGAUGAUGAGAUGGACCUUAGAAGAGGUCCAUGGACGGUAGAUGAGGACCUAACCCUCAUGAAUUACAUUGCUACUCAUGGUGAAGGUCGUUGGAAUACCCUAGCAAACUCUGCUGGUCUUAAACGAACGGGUAAGAGUUGUCGAUUGAGGUGGCUAAACUAUCUUCGUCCUGAUGUUAGACGUGGGAACAUCACUCUGGAAGAGCAACUUUUGAUUCUCGAGCUUCAUACUCGUUGGGGUAAUCGAUGGUCGAAAAUAGCCCAAUAUUUACCUGGAAGAACGGACAAUGAAAUAAAGAAUUAUUGGAGAACCCGCGUGCAAAAGCUUGCCAAACAACUCAAAUGCGACAUAAAUAGCAAGAAAUUCAAGGACACUAUGCGUUACCUUUGGAUGCCAAGACUAGUUGAGCGCAUUCAGGCCGCAUCGGCCACCGCUUCCACCACCACAAUCACGGCCGUCAACAACACUAAGUCCAACUACACCAACUAUAAUAAUGAGAUAAAAGUUACAAUGGGUUCAACUCCAACAAUUUCUAUCAACAAUGAAUUAGUAAGUUCACAACCACAUAUAACACAAAGUUAUACCCUAGAAAACAGUAACACAACCACAUCAUCAGAUUCAUUUGAGAAUUAUAAGGUCUCAACAAUAUUAGAUUUUGGUGAUAAUAAUAAUAAUAAUAAUAAUAAUAACUAUUAUUAUUAUUACACAAAUGUUGAUAAUAAGGAUAACCCUAAUUCUAACUUAGAUUAUUCUCAACUUUCUCAUCAACUUAGCUUCUCCGAUUGCAUCAAAAACCCGUCUGAAUUAUUCUCUCAAGAAUUAACAGAUUUCCAAUUCAUGGAGCCAAACACACCAUGGAUACAAAAUGAGGACUCAUCAGACAUUUUUUGGAAUGAUGAAACCAUGUUGUUUUUAGAGCAACAACUCAUGAAUGAUACCAUGUAA